AUGCUUGACUUCUCCGAGUCUGUUUCUACCAACAACGCAGUGAUGGCAGCCACAUCCGAUCAUGAUCUCAUUCGAAAUACCAUCGCCGGUGUGGCUAUUACAUUUGACGUUAAAAGAUUUGAGGAUCUACGAAACUUUUUCACCGAUGAUUGCGUCGCCGACUACACUAGCUCACUUGGUCUGAUGAAGGGACCAGACGCUGUCAUUGAGGGCUUGAGGAAUGCGAUUGGACAUAUAAGCACUUUUCAUGGCUUGACGACCCAAACUAUACACCUAACUGGCGCGGGUACAGCAGAAGCCACAACCUACUGCGCUGCUGGUCAUUUCUUGGGUGAGAAGUCGUUUCUCGCGGAAGCAAGAUACUUUGACAAGCUUGUGAAAGUGACGGAUGGAAGCCGCACCUCCUGGAAAAUUUCUUACCGCCUGACCACUAUGAUGGGCGUUCCGCGUGGCGAUGUUUCAAUGUUCGAAAUCGAUUUGAAUGAAUGGGCCGACAGCCUGAAGGCCUGA